UGGAGUUAGAAAUUGCUUUCGGACACAGACAACAGAGAAUCGUUACAUGUGAGCAGAGAGGAGCUUCACCCAGAAGGAUGGAAGAACAGGACCGAGUGAGUCGAGCCUCCAGUGUGGUCUCAGUUUCGUCAACCAGAGACAGGGCUGACAAGAAACUGCAGUCAUUCUGUAAAAGGUCUCGCUCAGUGCAGAGAGAUCCGAACUGCGCAGUAGUGAUCAGAGGCUGGCUUUAUAAAAGAGACAGUACAGGGUUGAAGUUGUGGAAGAGGAGAUGGUUUGUUUUGUCUAACUACUGUCUCUUUUACUAUAAAGACAGUAGGGAGGAAUGUGUGUUAGGGAGUCUUCCUCUCCCCAGCUAUAAGAUUUUCUUCUGCUCUUCAAGAGAGUGUAAGAACAGGAAGUAUGCUUUUAAGGUGGUUCAUCAGGGAAUGCGUUCAUAUUUGCUCAGUGCUGAUACUCAGGAGGACAUGUUGGGUUGGGUCAGAGCUCUCAGCCAAUCAGCAAACAUGGAGACUGAUGACCUCAUCAACAGACGCUGCUCCAGCUAUCAUGACUUCUCUCAGAUAAGGGGCAGCACUGAGUCAGUGAACCCCCUGCAUGCAUACAGGACCCAGAACAAACCAUCUCAUCAUACCGCAGGGAGCGUGGACACGGCGGAUCACAGAAACAGACACAGAGCUACACACAGCUCUGAUACUCGAACUCGGUCUCUGAGUUUGGACCGCACAGGUGAAGAUCGCUUCCUAUGUCAGGGGUCAGUUCCAUCUACCCCCAGAAGUCAUUAUGAGUCACGAUCUCACAGUCCAGUGGGCAGAGUUGACCUACGACCUCAGGUUUAUUCCACACGCUACUCACCUGUACAUAAACCAGAAAGCAAGGAGAUUCAUUCUGAUCAGCUGCCCCCCUUACCCCCCUCCAGAAUUACCCACAAUCCUCCAGGCCCUCUCCAUCACAACACUGCUUCUGUGUGUGUGUUUCCAUCAAGUAUGUGUGAAAAAGAGACACACACACUCACAGCACUACAGGCAGAUACAGAUAUGGUUCUGACUUGUUUGUGUGGCUGUGAUAAAGUACUACAGACUUUCUCUGUAGAACUGGAUCUCCUACAACAGGAUAAGGAGCAUGCUGAGUUUGCCUUGGACGUGUCUCGUAUAGAGCUGGGCAAGGGGCAGUUGAAUGAACAACACAUAUCCCAGAAGGCUUUGCUGCAGGAGGAGCUGGUCGCCAUCCGAGCCAGAAUGUGUGACAUAUCACGGGAGAUGGAGAGGGUGUGGUUAGACUACAAGAGGAUGGAGAGUGAACUUUGUGUGUUUCGUUCUCACCUGCAGCACAUCUGCCAUUUUGGACUUCCACAGGAACGCUCCCUGGCUCAGAAGCAGAUCUGGAUGAUGGAUGAUAUUCUGAGUGGUCUGAAGCCCAAUAGGGAUCGAUUUAAAGCACUGAUGGCUUUACACACACCAACAAUGUUUCCACUCCUUCACAACUCAUCCCUCCAUCCAGAGGAAGAUGUGCAUUACUGGGGGGAGGAGGUAGAACCACCAGCUCGCCCCCCUUUACCUCUGGAGAUGGACAGCACCAAUAAGAGCACAAAGCUGGGGCCUGAGUGGGCAGAGCCAAAUUACACACUGGUGUACAACCCUGCUACAAUCAACACACACACAACAGAAUCUCAGUCAUUAUAUUUAGGGGAGGAGUCUGAUCAUUCUAAACAGAUGACCUGGAGGUUUGACCAGAAAAAACUGCAUAAUAAGAGGAGCCGAAGCCCAGAUUAUCAGCUGAACAGAGCUGAUAAACCCCACUCCCUCACGGAGUCCUCUCCUGUGUGUCUGAUGCACGUGAUGAGGGCGGAGCUUCCUUCAGCUCUCACUGCACAGAGAGUGUGUGUGGAGGAAUCAAACCCUGAGGAGGACAAACUAAACACGCUGAGUUGUAAACAAGAAGAACAGAGUGAUAAUGAUAAUGUUGAUGUCUGUGUUGUAAACAGAGAAUCUGAUUUAGCCGUGACAUCUGAACAAAGACACGCUAAACUCAAACGAGUGGAACGCAUCAGAGAGAGAGUACUAAAGAGUGCUUUGAGACGGAGUGACUCUGCUCAUCCUCUGAAAUUCAUUGAUACCAGAGAAUCUGGUAAUCAUUGUGAAAGGACCACAGACUCCCUGAUGAACACUGAUAGAGUUUGUAUCAAUGACAACAUGUGGAUGACUGAGAGUGAUGCACCUGAAGCACCAACCUCACUCAGUGACAUCAAGCCUUCAUCAACCAAUCACAUUUCGACAAUCACGAUAAACAACAUGAUGGCUGAGGAAACAGAUCAGAGUGUGAAAUGCUCCACUUCUACCGAUCAGAGGGCAGAAUGGUUCCUCUCCACCAGCCACUGGCAGGAGUUCAUUCCCCUCAACAUUCAGGAAGAGGAGCUUUCACCAACCAAUCAGCAUUCAGACACAUCAACCAAUCAGGAGUCAGAGCUGUCAGCCAAUCAAACUCAAUUUGGAGGAAAGCUGAACACCACUACAUCAUUAAUCACCAUGGAAACACUUGAUCAAAACACUCCUAUGCCCUCAGACCCUCUCUCCCAUCAGCCAAUAGGAACUUCGUCUGAGAGUCACAUGAUGUCUCAUUCUGACCACUCAGGACAGGAGCUGUGCAUCUAUGAGGAAAUUCAGUAUAAAGCGCCAAAAUCACCCAUAGAGGGUAAUGGGAGUGAAGUGGGUGGAGCCAAAGCCCAACAAUCAAUCUUUUCCACCAAUCACAAUGCUGACUCUCAACUGUCUGUCAAUCAGCAUGCGUCAUUAGAGGUUGAGAGUGAAGCCACUAGAAAAGAAGUUGCAAGAGAGACAGGAAGUGAUAUCAUUAUCAGUGCCAAAACUAGACAACCAAUUUACAGUUGUUGGAGUAAGAACUCAGUAACCAAUCCCAGUGAUUCUUUUCUCAAACCGAGGGUUACCGUGGUGAGCACCAGCUUAUAGGGGGAGAGGAUUACAUAAUAAUAAUAAUAAUAAUAAUAAUAAUAAUGUUUGCUUUAAAGUAUUUGUACCUCACAUUUGUUUUUUAUAAUUUAACUUUUAAAUAUUACAUAUAACAGCAAAUGUAAUUUUGUAUGAAUAUGAAAAAUACCACCUGAUCUCCCAUUUAAACAAAAAGCUAACCUGUUUAUUUAUUUUAAUAUUGUUUUUUUUUAUUUAAUUUUCAUUGUGUUUAUUUUUAUUGAUGUUAAUUUAUGUUAAUAUUGUUGUGUGUUCAAAUUAUUUAACAGUCUACACUCCGUUGUUAAACAGAGGAAGAAAGGUGGCCAUGUUGACUGUUUCACUAAUGAACACAAUCAUUUUUAGUCUGUUAUUUCUAUCAGUGCAUCAGCUGAUACAACACCAGUUUAUUUGUGUUUAUGAUCAACUUUGCAAACAACUUUGCUUUAAUUUUAAAUGUUACAUUUAUUUUCAAUACCUGAAAGUCACAAUUUAACUGCUGUUCUAUUGUUUGUACAUUUCAGUUGUCUGACAAACUGCAUAAAAGUCAGCCACUCGGCUAUGAAUCCCACUAAACAUGCAUUGAAGUGAUGAAUGAAUGAUGCCUCAAUCACUCACAAGCCAGUAGUGGAUAAAAAAUGUUAGAGAAGUUUUAGGAUUACUCACUAUGAGCUCCUGUUUCCGAUUUUCAAAAUUGAAAGAGAUUGAGAUUGACGCUAAUGUGUGCUUUUUAUGUGUAAAAGUAAAUCACAAUUAUCAUACAUCUUUGUUUAUAUUAAACUUAAGUGUGGUGACUGGGCCAAGUUCAGUUCUCCAGCCUGAAUGAAAUGGAAAGGUGUUAAAGGUGUUGGACAUCUCAAUAACUGACUUCAGGGUGGUUAGUAGUUACAGAUCUGAUCUUCAGGGUUGUAGUGAGAUGAGAAUAAAGAAACAAAUAAUUAUACAAUAAAUACAAUGUAAGUGUGUGAAAUAAAUGUGUGUGUGAACCUGGAAUGUUUCAUUGUUCUAUUUUC